GGAAGAAGCUCUGCCCAAAAUACAGACGGAGGGGAAGAAAGAAAGCUCUCUGUCGUGAAGACUCUUACGAAGCAGUUCACAAUAGAUGUCAUUGAGUAUGGACGCUGACAUGCAAAAAGCAUGUUUGUCCAGGAGCUUGUGCUGAGACAACGCACAGAGAUCCUGAAUGCACUGUGCAGCAGCGGGUCAGCAGAACAUCUGGAGCAGGUGUUGGAUAUACUGCUGUCUCAAGGGGAACUCACAUGGGAGGACUACCAGAACAUACAGGUCUCAGGUAGGGCGCUGCACUGCAAUGCCAGAAAGCUGCUGGAUCUGGUUUACACAAAGGGAGAGGACACAUGUGGACUCUUCUUUGCUGCUUUUAAAAGAGUCCUGCCUGAUGCAAAGGGAGUUGGCACCUCAUCUUCAGGAUGCUCUUCCACUCUGGAGGAAAAAGAAGAACACCAUAGCACGUGUACUGAGACUCUUCUGACUCAAAGACCGAGCCUGGUAGAAAAGCUUCAAGGAUGCAUUGAUGGUGCUUUAGAAGAUCUUGUCACAUCCGGACACUUCACUUCAGCAGACUGCUGUGAAGUGCAGCUUCCUAUCCACACUCCCUGUCAGCAGGCGAGGCGUUUGCUGGACCAUGUCAGAUCAAAAGGAGAAUCUGCAGCAAAGGUUGUACUACAGUUCAUUCAGCACAAACAGGAACCUGUAUCUCCACUGAACCAGGAGAAAUUGACUCCUCCCAAAGAGGUGUUAAAGUAUCAGAAGAAGCUCAGCAGCUCAAUCUCCGCUCAGUCCUGCUUCCUCAGUACUUAUGGAGGGACCAGCCACAUGUCUCUGGACGACAUCUACACUGACGGCCAGCUGGAACUCGCUCAUAACUGUGUGGAUGUCCAUGGACCUUUGGGCCUGGAGGACAUAGUGGGUGCAGUGGGUACAGAAAACAAGGAGGCGGACACGGUGCUGGUGUCGGGGGAAGCGGGCGGAGGAAAGAGCACUUUACUCCAGAGGCUGCACCUGCUUUGGGCUCGGGGGGCAGCGCUGCAGGACUUCCUCCUUCUGUUCCCGUUCAGCUGUCGCAGGUUGAACUCCGAGCAAAGGGAGCUCUCUCUACAGGAGCUGCUGUUUCAGCACUGCUGCUGGCCGGACAGACAGCAGGAGGAGAUCUUCCAGUUCAUCCUGGACCACCCACAUCUCAUCCUCUUCACCUUCGAUGGCCUGGAUGAGCUGAAGCAGAGCUUUUCAGAUGAGCACAGGCUCUGCUGCCCCACCCAGCGUGCUCCUGUUCACAUCCUACUCUUCAACUUAAUCCAGGGUUCCCUAAUGAAGGGUGUGAGGAAAGUGGUGACCAGUCGCCCAGAGGCGGUGGGCCCUUUGUUCAAGAAACAUCUCUGCAAAGAGGUCCUCCUCAAAGGCUUUUCCCCAAGUGGGAUUGACUGUUUUGUGAGGAAGCAUCACAGCGACGCCCAUGUGGCUGCUAAGGUUUUGGAGUCCUUGCGGACAAACACUGCGUUACUCGGACUGUGUCAUAGUCCAGUCCUGUGCUGGAUCGUCUCACAGUGCCAUAAAGAGUUGUUAGGCUGCGGAGAGGGCAGCCUACAAACAAUCACAGAUGUUUACCUAAUGAUCCUGCAGCACUUUUUCCAGCACAAAAGCUCCCUGAAGAACACUACAGGGCUAUGUUGGCUUCAGCAGCAUCUGCAAACUGUGUUGCAUCUUGGGAAGCUUGCCUUUGAUGGGAUAGGAGCAACCUGUUACAUCUUCUCAGGCACAGACUUGGAGACAUGUGGUGUGACUGAGAAGGACAUCUGCAUGGGUUUUCUCAUUCAGAGUAAAGAUAUAUCCACCCACGCUAAAGGUUAUGAAUUCCUUCACUUGACUAUGCAAUGUUUCUUUGCAGCUUUGUACAUCGUGUUGUCGGAUAACACUGACCGCUCAACUAUCCCUAAGCUCUUUGAGACGCAGAAAAUGAAGGAGGCAGGUCAGAGCAGCAGAUGCUUCAUCGCCUGCUUGCCUUCUACUGACCAACAACAGCGGCCUUCAGGGGAGGAAACUACAGCCGCUGAAACGCCAAAUUGGCAAAUCACAGCCACCUUUGUGUCUGGACUUCUGUCACAGCGCCAUCGAAACCUGUGGCUCCACUGCUGCCCCAGCGCUGUGAUGGAGAAGAGGGUCAGACAGGUGGUGAAAUGCUUAUCCAAAGGCAUGCAGAAACACUUUAAGUCCAUCCCUCAGUCCGUAGAGGGGGAGAAGAAGAGCAUGCAUGCAAUGCCAGGCUUCGUCUGGCUUAUCAAAUGCAUCUAUGAGAUGCAGGAGGACAGGGUUGCUAAAGACGCCAUGAGUAAGCUGGAGGUGGACCACCUGAAACUGACCUACUGUAACAUUGGUCCUGUAGAGUGCACGGCUCUAGCCUAUGUGCUGCAGCAUUUAAGGAAUCCUGUCGGCCUGCAGCUGGACAACAACUCUGUGGGCGACGUCGGAGUGGAGCAGCUCCUCCCCUGCAUGCACAUCUGCAAUUCCCUAUACCUCAGAAAUAAUAACAUCACAGACGAGGGGAUCCGCAAACUACUUGCUAAAACUAUCCAGUGUGAAAACUUCAAGAAAAUUGCGCUCUUCAACAACAAUCUAACCGAUGCAUGCACACAGCACUUUUCUCGCUUUCUGACAAUAAAGCAGAACUUUGUUUCUCUGAGGCUAGGCAACAAUAAUCUAACAGAAAAAGGAGCAAAGCAGCUGGCAGAGGGACUGAAAUGCAACCACUCACUACAGUAUUUAGGGCUAUGGGGCAACAAGAUAGGAGAUGUAGGAGCAGAAGCCCUUGCCACUGCCCUAGAGAACAGCAAAACCUUGGUGUGGCUCAGCCUGGUAGACAAUGGAGUGGGGAGUGCCGGAGCAUGUGCCCUCUCCAACAUCAUCAAGAACUGUACGUCACUGGAAGAGCUGUGGUUGACAGAGAACCACAUAACCAGAUCAGGAGUGGAACGUCUGAUUCAAGCGAUGCAACACAACACCCAUGUGAAAUCAGUGUGGUUGAGAAACAAUGACCUCAGUUUGGAGGAAGUAGAGGAGAUGAAACAACGGGAGUCAAGACUUACCUUCUGAUUUUGUAAAAAGUUAGACAAGAACUGUUUGUAUUGCAAUAAGAUUGUGUUGUUAUUUAUUAUAUGAAAUAUUUUAUGUGAAGAUGUGAAGAGUAAAAUGUGUUAGCUCUCGUGUAUCUUGGUUUGGUGCUUGGACAAAAUGUUCCUUUUCAGAGUUUUUCUAAAUAUACAAAAUAAUUUAAAUCAACCUU